GAGAACAGGAUGAGGGUCCCUGGAGAAACGCAGGAGCAGAAGGAAUCCCCUACCAGAACAAAGGGAGGCCGGAAGACCAGAGGAGAGACGGAGAGGAGGGACGGGGAAGACAUGGGACUCCGAUCCACUUUAACAAACACGUAUUGGAUCCUGGGCAGACAGAUGAAUGAGAUGCAGUCUGGCAAGAAAGACAGGUGAACUGACCAUAAUAAAAUAAACCCUGAUUUUGGAACCUGAAGACCAAGGUUCAAGACCAGCUCUCCACUUCCAGCUGUGGGACCUCGGGCAGGUGCCUCUGGCCUCACCUCCCUGUGAAUCCGGGGUGAUGGCAAUCCCUCCCCCUCUGAGUCCUCGUGAGUGAGGACACGUGAAACGGCACUGUCAACCACAUCGUGACCAAGGGUGCCCAUCUCCAGGUUCUCCCGGGCCUCCUGCUCCCAAGGCCUGAGCGGGUGGCACCCAGGGGCAGACCCGACCACGUGAGGCGUCCAGGAAACGGCCAGCAUGAACUGGACGUUUCUGCAGAGCCUGCUGAGCGGCGUGAACAAGUACUCCACGGCGCUGGGCCGCAUCUGGCUGUCGGUGGUCUUCAUCUUCCGCGUGCUGGUGUACGUGGUGGCGGCCGAGGAGGUGUGGGACGAUGAGCAGAAGGACUUCAUCUGCAACACCAAGCAGCCCGGCUGCCCCAACGUCUGCUACGACGAGUUCUUCCCCGUGUCCCACGUGCGCCUCUGGGCCCUGCAGCUCAUCCUGGUCACCUGCCCCUCGCUGCUCGUGGUCAUGCACGUGGCCUACCGGGAGGAGCGUGAGCGGAGACACCGCCUGAAACACGGGCCCCACGCCCCGUCCCUGUACAACAACCUGAGCAAGAAGAGGGGUGGACUCUGGUGGACCUACCUGCUGAGUCUCAUCUUCAAGGCUGCCGUCGACUCGGGCUUCCUGUACAUCUUCCACCGCCUCUACCAGGACUACGACAUGCCCCGCGUGGUGGCCUGCUCGGUGGCCCCCUGCCCCCACACCGUGGACUGUUACAUCUCCCGGCCCACAGAGAAGAAGGUCUUCACCUACUUCAUGGUGGCCACAGCUGCCGUCUGCAUCCUGCUCAACCUCAGUGAGGUCACCUACCUGGUGGGCAAGAGGUGCCUGGAGAUCCUUGGACCCCGGCGGCGGAAGUCUCGACGCCGAAGCCACCUGCCAGACACGUGCCCACCGUACGUGGUCUCCCAGGGAGGGCACCCCCAAGAUGGGAACUCUGUCCUAAUAAAGGCCGGGUUGACCCCAGUGGAUGCAGGUGGGUAUCCGUAACCUGCCAGACCAGCAGAUAGGAGCCCCAGGUCUCCUGCCUGUCCCCAGAGGCUACCCAGGGAAACGGGCAAGGGCAGUGCCACCUUCUGUAUGGCAGGGUGAGUGGAGAAGGUGGCUGCAGCGGCUCAGGAAGCUCACCCAGGGCCCAGUGUGCCGUGGGAGGGGCACAGUUUGGUGCCUGGGUCCCGAGCCUCAGGGAACUUGAUGGCUGGUAAGGAUUUUGUAUAUGACAAUAGGUUAUGUCAACCCUGUUAAUAAACAUGAUUUUCUGAGUA